UUCUAAACAUAAAAAAGAAAUAAAAUCAAAGAGCAACAGUGGGAAAAUGUCUAGCAUGCAAGAUGGUGUUCAACCUACCUACCAAGAUUUGCAAGCCGAAUUUGAAACAAAGGAAACUUCUGAUUCUCACCUUCUGCUUGUUCACAUUCCUGAUGGUUUCGAAAGGAUGCAUAUUGGUGCUAAAGUUGAGUACGAUUUUAGAAAGGUGAGAGUUUUUGGUGAACGACCACUUGGAAACAACAGAAAGAGCCGUUUCAAUGUAGAGUAUGAAGUUCCAAACUAUUGUAGUAUCAGAGGAAUAAAGGGAAAGUUUGAUGGAAAACUUGUCACCAUUACAAUGCCAAUUGAUCAAGAGAAAGUCUCCAAACAAGAACCACAACAAUCAACAGAAACAAAGAAUGAAAAAGAAGACACUUCUCAACCUGCAUCUUCAGAUGAUGACCAUCAUGACACUUCACCAACCUCACCACAAGAGCCUGUGCCUCAAAAGGGUGAAGAUGGAAUUUCACAUGAAGCUCCUGAGACAAAAGUUGAAAGUAAAUCUUCACCUCCAAGAGAAGAAAGUGAAGAACAAGCUGACCAUGAGACUUCAACCCCUCCAGAAGCCACACAAGAGUCUGUGCCUGAAAAGGGUAAAGUAGGAACUUCACAGACAGAUUCCAAGCUUCAAACUGAGGAAACUUGUGAAAAUGAGGAAAAAAAGCAAAGGGAAGAGAAGGGAAAGGGAAGAAAUGGUGAAGUUGGAAGUGAUGAUGCUGAAGAAAAGGGCAUGCCUCAGCCUGAAUCAACAACAACAAUGACAAGAAUCAAAGAUGUGGCUGCUUCUGCUUCUCAAGUUGUCACUGAUCUUGCAAGAAGGUUCAACGAAGAAGAUAAACAAAGGAUAAUAUACAUGGGUGCAGCAGUUCUUGUGGUGGCACUAGGAGUUUAUGCUACCUACAAGCUUCGUUCCUCACCUAGACCAUAG